AUGGCAAGUUUUUUAGAAAAAAUCUCAGGAUUUAGAUCUUUAUUUGACAAUAAAGAAACAAUUAUAGAGUUCUCUGAAGGGGUUUCCGUUUGGCUAAUAUGCUUUGAUGAAAAUUCAUUUAAUUGCAUUCAAGAGUUUAUAAAAACCGUUGAGGAAUAUAAUUAUGAAUGCGAAAUUAUAGGAGUUGCACUUAGUGAUGAAGGUGAAAUCAAAAAACUUAUCGAGGAAGUUCAAGUGGAAAUAGAUGUUCUCUAUCUUAAUAACAACGACAAACAUAUUUUUCGAGAAGAAUUGAAAAUAAAAGGUAUCCCAUGAUUUAUUGGGUUUGAGGGAAUCGACGUCGUUUAUAGCAUGGGAAUAAUCCCUGACUCUUUUCCUUAUUCCAAAUCCCCAGAUCAGCCUAUAAGUCCUCAGCUACCAUCUGAAUCUCAAUUCAUCCCUAAAAUUUCGUUAAUGGCAGGCUCAGUAGAAAGCCCAACUGGAUUUUGAACUGAACAAUCGCCAACGCUAGAAACUCAGCCAGAUUUUAAUAAUUUAAAAGAAAAAAUCUUUACAUUAGAAAGGCAAAACGAAGACUAUAAAGUGGAAAUUGCGUCGCUGAGAUCAAUGCUACAAGCAAAAGAAGACCAAAUUAGCCAAUUGCAAGUUAUGCUUGAAGGAGUCCCUACUCAUGGCGCGACUCGAAAUAAAGUUAAAAAAGUAAAAAGGAUAAAUGAAGUCACCAAUAGUUUUCCUCAAGAAGACAUAGAUUUUUGAAAAUCAAGUGAUGACAAUGAUAUCUAUAAUGAGGCAGUUAAAUUCGAAGAUAUUGCUGCUUCUAAAAAUUUAUGAAUUAUGAAUAUAGAUAAAAAACUUCGUACGAAAUCCCCAUCACCUUCAUCAAAGUGGCUACAUGUCAUUUGUUUGGAAUAUUUCCUCAUGUCACAUUUUCCCCGGGUUAUUUGUCAGAGUUAUUUUAUCGUGGGAUAUUUGAUCGAAUAAAAUGGCUUUCUUAGCAAAUUCUAAUUCCCCCAGUUAGCAAACAAGAAAUUUUGUUCGCUUAUGGGAGAGUAAAAGUAUGCUGCAUGAGCCAAAUGCUACAUCAAAUAUCUUGCACCCAAUCAAAGCGUUCUACGCCGUCGCCACCUCCAUUGAAGCCUCGAUCAAAGGGUACUAAAGAGAUAGCUUUAAAAAGCUUAAAAUUAGCACAAGAAAGGCACAUGAAAAAGCAGGCAGAAAAAAAUCCGAUCGGAAGAGAUGGUAAGAGACUUCCGUUAAUAGUAAAUAGAAGCGCAAGCCUGAGAAGAGCUACAACUCGAAAAUUAAACGAAAGCAAUAGGGGAUCAAUUGAAACUAAAAGAUUUUAA